UAGUGUUGACUAGUGUUUUCAGUGUGGGGAAUAUUUGCUUGAAGAGUAUAUUUAUUUAAAGAUAAAUUUUAAGUGGAUAUUGGAUAGAAGUGAAUAGAAUUGACUGCCUCAACCUCUCGCGUUUGUUUAACCAAGAUUGUCGUCAAGAUAAGGGACAAUCCACAAAUACCAUUGUUGGCAAGAAGAUUUUGUUAAUCCCGCCAAUAGCUAAAACGCAAUAAGAUAUAACGUAGUCACUUAGGCUCUGCAAUUGGAAAAUGGGAGCUGCUUUGGGUCUUUGUUCGGCUGCCCAGUGCGCCCUUUGCUGCGGCGGAACUGCAGCCAGCAUGUGCUGCUCGGCCUGCCCCACCUGUAAGAACUCCUCAUCCUCCCGGUUCAUGUAUGCCUUCAUGUUGCUGGUGGGCACUGUGCUGGGAGCCAUUGCCCUAUCGCCGGGUCUACAGGAUACACUAAAGAAAUUACCCUUUUGCAUCAAUUCGACCUCAACCAUAAGCGGCAAGGCAGUUGACGCCUUAUCUCUGGGACAAUGGGAUUGCCAAUAUGCCUUGGGCUACAUGGCCGUUUAUCGUCUAUGCUUUGGUUUGGCCUGCUUCUUUACCCUAAUGGCCUUGAUAAUGAUAGGAGUGAAGUCCUCUCGUGAUCCGCGCUCUCAUAUACAAAACGCAUUUUGGCCACUGAAAUUUUUGAUUUUGUUUGGAGCUGCCAUUGGUGCAAUCUUUAUACCAGAUGGUUCCUUUGGUCCUGCCAUGAUGUGGGUGGGCUUAAUUGGUGGCUUGGCUUUCAUAUUGAUUCAAUUGGUCAUUAUUGUGGAUUUUGCCCAUAGCUUGGCGGAGAAUUGGAUCGAGGGCGCCGAAAAUAAUCGUGGCUAUUAUUAUGCUCUGGCUGGAGUCACCCUUCUAGGCUAUAUAUUGUCUCUCACUGGCAUAACCUUGCUCUACAUUUACUUUACCACAUCUACUGGUUGCGGCAUCAAUAAAUUCUUUAUUUCGUUCAAUAUGAUCCUCUGUCUGGCUAUCAGUAUCAUAUCGGUUUUGCCCGCUGUCCAGGAACGUCUGCCUCAUUCGGGUCUCUUGCAGAGUUCAUUGGUCACUUUGUAUACCGUCUAUUUGACUUGGUCGGCUGUGGCCAAUAAUCCUGAAAAGGAAUGCAAUCCGGGAAUGUUUGGCGCAAUGCAAGGCAAUCUAUCGACAACAGCAUUGAUGACAACAACAACUUUGGCUCCACCCACACCGAAUCAGCAGUCGAAAGUGACUUUUGAUACAACCAAUAUCAUUGGAUUGAUUGUUUGGUUGCUCUGCAUUCUCUACAAUUGCAUCAGUUCCGCUGUCGAAGUGUCCAAGAUCAAUAAUGAUCACAGUGAGAAACGUGUUCUAACAGAAGCUCUAUCAGACACAGAAGCGGGCCCUGAUGCGGAUGGCAAACCAUCAACCGACAAUGAAACGGAAGGCGUCUCAUACUCCUGGUCCAUGUUCCAUAUAGUAUUUGUCUGCGCCUCGCUAUAUGUCAUGAUGACCCUAACCAAUUGGUACAAACCCAAUUCCAAUAUUGAACUCUUCAAUGGCAAUGAGGCUUCGAUGUGGGUUAAAAUCAUUUCCAGCUGGCUAGGUAUCUUCAUCUAUGGAUGGAGUCUUGCUGCUCCCAUUGUAUUAACUAAUCGCGAUUUUAGUUAAGCGUAUUGCCAUUAACUCUCCAUAUACAUACAUACAUACAUACUUUAUUAUAUCUAGGAUUGGUGCUUAAAACGAAACGAUGGAAACAAAGAAUAGAUUUGCCAAAUUUGGCUAGAGCUGGACAAGAUUACUCAAGAUUCAAAAGAUUACUCAUCGUAUAUACAAUACAAUUUUGAUUCUUUAUGUUUUCGGUGUUUACUCAAGUUAUAAAAAAAAAAAACUAUCUAGGAACAAUAUCAAUAUAUAAUCUGCAAGUAUUCGAUUUAUAUAUGUAUGUAUGACUGCAAAUACCAAACAAAAACGUUGCGGAAAAACGAAAGACAAAGUCGGAUCCAGUCAGUACCUGGGAUUGAUCCCUGACAAGAGAUAUACAUAUGACGCAAACUUGUAUUAUUCUAUUAUUAAACAAAAUGUCCUUGCAUCGGAUUGAAGGCUUCUUUUCAUAUAUAAACUGAAUGCUUGUUAAUAUAUACUUAUUACAUAUAUAUAUGUACACUUAGUAAACUUUACUUUAAUCACAAA